AUGGUCAAAUCAGCAGAUAAGCUCUUGAACAAGAAAGUCGUCGUGGUAGGAGGUACUUCAGGAAUUGGUUUCGGAGCCGCUCAAGCAUUCCUCGAUGCCGGCGCCAAAGUAACAGUCAUCUCCUCCAACCAAGACCGUGUCAACGAUGCAGUCAAGCGACUGAACUCCCCAGCCGUAUCCGGCGCAGUCGGAAAUGUCCGAGAAGAAGACGCCUUUGUCGAGGUUCUGAGAGGCCUUGCUCCUGUUGAUCAUAUUGUUUUCUCUGCAGUGGAUAUUAUUAUCCGAGGGAAGCUGGAAGAGCUAAACUUGGAUGAAGCGAAGCAUUUGUUUGGGGUCAAAUUCUGGGGGUCUGUUGUCAUUGGAAAAGCCGUCAAGAAACACAAUCUCAUCUCCCCCGGCGGCUCCCUCACCCUCACAUCCGGCAUCGCAGGCAUCAAGCCCGGCAAAGGCGCCGCAACAGGCGGCGCACUGAACGCUGGCGUCAUCGCCCUGACUAAAGGCCUUGCUUCUGACCUUGCAGAGAACAAAGUCAGAGUCAAUGUCGUUGUUCCUGGGUUGGUGAAGACUGAACUUUGGGGGAAGCUGGGACAGUCUGAGGAGAAGCAGCAGGAGAUCUUUGAGAGUACGGUUCAGCCGGUGGGGUUUGUGGCUACGCCGGAUGAUAUUGCUGAGGCGUAUCUUUAUCUUGCGAAGGCGGAUUAUGCGACUGGGACGAGUAUUGAGAUUGAUGGUGGAAGGCUUCUUUGA